AUAAAACAUUUUAACCUGGACUCUCACACACAUUCAUUCUCAUACCACUCUUGCUCCAUUUUGUGACCAAUUUUCCGAAAGAAAACCGAAUCGGAAAGAACCAUGGGAGGAGGCGGAGCUGCAGAUCACGGCCAUGGAGCUCAUGGAGGAGAUUUCAGGAGCAAAGUAUGGAGCAUGACCGGAGGCCCUUACUGCCGCCCUAAGCACUGGAGGCGCAACACCGCCAUAGCCAUGUUCGGCGUCUUCCUCAUCUGUGUCCCACUCGCUAUGAAAUCCGCGGAGCUCGAGCAACGGCCACAUCAUCCUGUUCGGCCGAUCCCUUCCCAAAUCUGGUGCAAGAACUUUGGAACUAAAGACUAUAAAGACUUUGAAUGAUAAUAUCUGAUCGCUGUCGCGGGUGCUCACAGAUUUGUUUGUUAAAAUGCUGAGCAUAUGAACAACUUUAAAGUGUUGUUAUUACUGUUAAUGUUUAGUAAGCCUU